AUGGGAAGAGCACGACGAGGCUUGGUCCCAGGAGCCGCCGCUGGGCCCAAGGAGCGGCACAAGAGAACUCAAAGAUCGCAGUAUCGCAACCCCUACUCGCCUCGACAUGACGCCUUCGUGGCAAAACCGCCGCCGCCAAAAUCAAAGCAUCACUCAUACUUCGAGCUGGUUGAGAAUAAAGAAAAGAAGAAGAAGCUCGAGUAUCAGAUCACGACGGAAAAGACCCCGCCACCGGGGUUCGAGUUUGUCCCCAUCGGCAACCCCCAGCUUACCGCAGCCUGCAAGGAAAUAUCCCGCGAAAAAGAUGCCAUGAUAUUUAUUGUUUCCAAUGCAAAAGGUCUUGAUGAAAGCAGCCUUGCCAACCAAGUGCAUCGAAUUGGCCAUCAUAUCAGGCAAGUCAUUGUUGAGGAAGCCAAGGCGAGCAUCGAUGACAUGCCUCACCUUAUCGGUGCGGUAAUAGGCGCAGGCCCUGAGCCCAUUCCUGAAUCCCAGAGCGCCUAUCAUGCUCAAGUUGAUGCCGCCAUUAGGGACCUGUUUCCACGGAUUCCCAAUACUGACCGUCAGAUGAUUAUCGAGCACUCCUUCACUCGGGGAUCAACUAAUCGAUCUGAGCAUCCUGUCGGCUUCUCAGAAGACAUUCCACUCUCUCGCAGAGUCCAGCUGGCAGUCCUUGCCCACAUAAGGCACACUCAUACGCGGUAUGAUGCACUGUUGAGGGAGACAACUUGGCAGAAUGCACGACGAACUGUAGAAUCUCUGUGUCUCGACAUCCUCGUUAAGUGGCGGGGAGAUGAGGAAACCGGUCGCGACCAACUGGACGAGAUCCUGCGUGAGGUUGUGGUAAUCUCUGAUUCCGAGGAUGAUGACGAUGAAGAUGAUGACGACGACUCGACCGACUAUACGUCGGACGAAGAAGAAGCUGAUCAUGCCAGGCUCACACCCAUGCCUGUGUCUCGGUCAGCACAACCUAUCCGUCUUAUAUAUCAGCCAGAUCGCUCCCCUCCUAGGUCCUCUGUUCGAGAAGCGAUCCAAGUGUUUUCUCCCCCCGCUCCAAAUGGGGUAGCAUUGGGGCACACUGAUAGUGGUCGCAGAGUUGACAGGAGAGCUCAGCGUGGGUUCAGAAGAUACCGCGCCUGGGAAGAAGCCAUCAGACGUAAUCGAGUGGAAACACCAGUGGCUGGGCCGCCCUCUCUGGAUACUGCCAUCAGUCAUGCCGCAUAUCAGCCUUCCAGGCCUAUUGGGCCUUCUUAUGACAUCUAUGUUCGGCCAUAUGACAACCCAAGUCCAGUGGCUCAUCCCCCUGGAACUUCCCCAAGUUUGAAUAGCCGGAUACAACGGCCCAUGUAUGAGGUACCAUCUUCUUUGACUUCGUCACCCUACCGUGGUCCGCCUAUAGAUGCUCGGCCUUCUCACGAAAAGGUAAUGUCCGUUGUGCCGUUCUCAGCCAGCACGUCAUCUCGCGAUCUGGCUUCUUCGGCUUCCAGUCAUUUCUCAGACAUGUUGGUGCGGUCUAUUGAGCCGGCAUCCCCAGCCGUGCAGUCCACAUACAUACGCACCCUACCCCCAAGGAGCCAAGUCUCGGUAAGUUCUUAUGCAACACCGGUCACACCACUGGCCGGUUCUCAGCAUCCCCCUAGGCUUGUUUCCAAUCCAGGAGAAGGAAUCCAUUCUUGGGACCGCCCCCCAGCGCCGCAUGUAACCUAUGAUGGACCGCAAAAUGCCUUGGAUUUCGAUGCCAUUUCCAGUAGAGAUUCCAUCCGUUCGCAUGACUUCCGUGGCCAGACAUAUCCGCAUCCCACGGCAUAUGGAGCACCGCCAGCAUCUUCUUUUCCUCAUCCGGCGUCAGGCAACCCAGUGUCAACUUCUUCUUCCAGGCUUCCGGAGAUGAGGAGAAUCGUUCUAAAUGCAACCCGCCCUGGAGAGCGGUCAAAUCCUAUCCUUAUGGAGGAUCGAGGCGGAUACUAUGAAAGGGUCAACCCUCGACCUGAGGGUAGCGGGAGAAUUCAACUACGACCCACUCGCCCUGCUCAGCCACCGGUAGAGGUUGAGGUCCAAACCACUGUCAGGCCUCACACGAUUUUUCAAUGGGAAGAAGAUUCGAGACACAGAGCCGAGCGCCGGGGUGUUGCAGAAAUCGAGGCCAAUCCUCUAUUCGAUUCUCGCCCCCGUCCACCCCAAGCCCAUACUCACCCCUACCCUCCUCGCGACUACUAUGGCGCACCGAGGCUUGAACCACUGACCAAAGAGCCGGACUACAGAGUACAAACCCGGCAAGUGCCUAGUGGAGAGUAUGCUGCACCACCUCCUGAGGGUUAUUGGGUCAUACGACAAUACGGUGACAGACAGGUCCCACGACCUCAUCCCGAACCGAUUUAUCAUCCCGCCACACGACCCCCUGGGGUAGAUGAGCGGUAUGACACUAGACGAGAGCACCCGGGCCUAGGUCAGCCAGUAUCAAACGUAAUUGUUAUCGACUGA